GAAAAAAGUGGUUGAUUUCUCUCUUCAAAAAUUUUCAUCAUCAAUAUAGACAACAACAACAACAACACCUAUAAUUAUAUUGACAAUAGUUAUUAUUGAUAGAGUGUAAAUAAUAGUAUACUACUAACAAAUUUAAUAUUUUGAGAGGAGGAAACGGAAAUUCGUUUUUUUGAUCAUCUAGCCUUUUUAUUGUGAAUGACAUCACGACAAUUAAGUUUGACCUGUAGUUUUGGGUGCUACUUUAUGACUACUCGUUUUGAUGAGCAACAAUGUCUCGGUACAUCACUGACAAACAGUGAUCACUCUGAUAAUGGCACAGCAGUUGAUAAUGUGUCGGUCACUUCUUCUUGUUCUUCCUCAUCGUCAACUUCCUCGAGUAACAAUGAUGUUGCAAGUAGUGAUAAACAACAGCAAGUGGAACCAUUCUAUCACAAAAUUCAAGAAUUGUGCUCUUCAAGCCUACUAAAGUAUAAUCAUGGAAAAUAUUAUUAUGCAUUGCAAAGUUUCAAUGAGUGUUUAUCUAUGGUUGAGAAGGAAUUAUCAAAACAAGGAUUAGAUUUGAACCAUUCUACAUUGGAAACAAAUCAACCACAAGACAAUACCAAAGCACUAUACUUUUCAAAUCAACUCUUAGACAACUCGAGUAGUACAUGCCUUGUUGAACAUAUCAAUGAGGACUUUUUUGCAAACCUUUCCGAUACAUCACAAAACUAUUACCUCUAUUUAUAUUAUCAAUUGUGUUUCCAAUUAGCCAAAUGUCACUUUAAGCUAGGUCAAUUAAGCAAGGCUUAUUUUUAUUUGUAUAAUAUCUGUUCGAGAUGUGAGAAUAUUACAAACGAUCUUGAAUAUUCACUUCUCUUACAUGAAGUAGAGCAAAUGGUACUUUUUGAUAAAGUGAUAGACGAUAACAAAACCACCUACAGUGAAGAACUAGAGAACUACAGAUCACCAAAGAGGAAAAACUCCCUACCAACAAGUAAUGUUAUACAAUCGAGACUCAAUCCAGCUAUUCCAGCAAGCCACACUAUUAAUCCCAAAUUAUAUUUCCCCUUAACUUAUACUCCUGAACAACGAGACGAUUGGCAGUCCACAUUUAUGAAAUAUCAAAAGAAAGUUUGUAAAUAAUGUAAAACAAUUAAUGU